AUGCUACAAAGGUUCAAAAAACAAGUUUCACAGGUCGCCAAUGAACUGGAUGGCAGAUUGUCGAAUAGCAGUCGAGCUAGCGUAUCAAGCCAGGAUUCUCAAUCACAGCCUCAACAAAAAUCUGAAAAUGAACAAGAAAUUGAGGGUUUUCUAUGCCCGAUUUGUAUGAUUGAGCACGGAAGUGCUGACGAGCUGACUGCACAUUUUGAAAAUAAACAUGCUGAUACAUCUGCAAAUCGGAACCAUCCGGAGUAUGCACCACCACAAGCAGCUCCACUCGCAUUCGGUACCAAAGAUCAAGAGAUUGAAGAACUAAGAAUAAGAGUAACUGAAGAGAAACGAUUUGCUGAAAGAAUCAAAGAAGAACUUGACAAUAUCAAAACAGUUAUGGCAAAUGCAUCAGAUGUGACAGAAGACGAAAUUCCAUAUAUGGCUCAACAAAUCCAAGUUCUGACUGCAGAUAAGGGUAUGGUGACUCGGCAAUUUUUGGAAUUGGAAAAGGAGAGUGGUCAACAGACACGAGAACUGCAACAAGUUAAGCAGGAACGAGGCGAUUUGAUGGCCAAGCUGAAACAGCUGAGUGUGAAUUUGAGGGAGUUGACUGAUGAGAACGAGACUACUAAAGUUGAAAGAGAAGACCUGAAAAGAGAGUUGAAGGUAGCAAAUUCCGACGUUGUUCGCUAUGAAAUUGAAGUGGCACGCCUGGAGAAGAUGCUCGAUCAAAGGCCUUCUGAAGAUGAUGUCAAUGUCCUCCGAACGGAACUUGUCAAUGCUCAAACGAUUAUGGAUUCAAUAUCUCAGGAAAAAGAUAUUGAAAUCAAGGAACAUUUGAAUUCAAUCCGAAAUUUGAGUAUGGAACGAGAGAAGCAACACGCCAUCAAUGAAAACUUAGAGAAGAAAAUUUUAGAAGGGGAAGAGACAGUGAAGCAGUUACAAAUUUCUUAUGAUUCCCAAUCAGAUGAGUUGAAACAGCGAAAUGAGAGAAUUCUUCAACUAGAAGAACGAAUCCAGGAGAACGUUUUCGAAUUGGCUGAAAAUCAUCAGCUAGUCAAACGACUCCAAGAUAAAGUCAAAGAGGCUGAAAGUGGUGUUCAAUUGUUUUCCGGAAUCAAUAAUUCUAAUGAAGAAAUGAUAAAUAGUCUAAAGGCUAAAUUUGAAAAGAAUUCGGCCGAACAGAAACGAAUGCAAACCGUUUUCGAUGAGAAGGUCGCCGCCCAGGGAGAGAGAUUGAAAUCGAUGGAAUUGUCGAAUUUGGAUUUGACAAAUGAAAUGUCUUCGAUCUCAACUCUUCUGGAUAAAGAACGUACACUCGUUGAAGAAAAGAAUGCAGAAAUUUCGGAGAGAGAUGCAUCUAUCAAUGAAUUGAGGGAAAAACUAGCAGAAAGUGAGAAAAAAGCCACAAAAUACAGCAACGAUCUGAAAGAACAGACGACUCUCGUUGAGAAUCUUACUCUUCAAUUAAAUAAAGUUCAAGAAAAUUCGAAGGAACUGAUGGAGAAAAUAUCCACAGGAGAAGGCGGUGCCAAGAUGGCUAUUGAGCAAAUGGAACAGGAAAAAGAGAAGUUAACGAAGGAACUUCAAGAACUUGCCGAGAAGAACAAGAAAGCUUCAGAAGAGUUUGAGCAUAAGAUCUCAGAAUUAGAGAAAAAGUUGAGAGAGGCGGAAGCAUCCAGGACAGACAAAGAACAGAAAUGGAAACAAGAGAAGGAAUCAUUUGAACGAAAAAUCGCGGAAGCAGAGGAUGAAAUAAGAAGAAAAAGUGAAAGAUUUGUUGAAAUGGAAAAAGAAAUGGAAGAGGAUCGACAGAAAUCCAGUGAUAGAACUUUGAAGCUGAAGGAUGCACUUGUUAAAUCUGAGAAAGACCUUGAGACAGUAAAAAAAGAAAGCGAAGAACGAGACAAGGUUGUCAGAGAGAAGGAUGCUCAUUUGGAAGAAAACAAGAAGAGAAUUGAGGAUGCUGUUCAGAAGUUGGAGGAAGCGGAGAAGAGAGCAAGAGAGUUGGAAGCUUCUGUUUCCAAUCGAGAUUCUGCUGUUUCAACGAAAGAUUCAGAAUUGGCUGAAAUGAAGAGCAAAUUAACGGAGUCAAACUCAUUCAUCGAAGAAUUGAAAGUGCAGGUAGAGAAGGUGAGCAGUGAGCUGGCAGAGAAGCAGCAAGAAGUGGAAAGUCUGAUGACCGAAAUGCAUGAGAAGGAAGCUCAUUGGAAGACAAAACGAGAUGAGUUUGAAGCUCAAAUUGUUAGGAAUCAAGAAGAAAAUGAGGAAGCUUCCACAACACUUAAAUCUCUUCAAGAUCAAUUAACAAAAGAGAAGGAAGCUUUAUCAGAAGAAAAGAGUCAGUUGAGUUCAUUCAAAUCUCAGCUAGAAGAGUCGAAAAAUGAAAAUGAAAGACUUCUACGAUCAGACGAGGAAAAGGCUGAAGAGAUCAAUAAACUGAAGUUAUCGUUAUCUAAUUCGAACCACGAACGCGAAGAACUCAUUGCUACAACUGAAUCGAUUCGAUCCGAAAAUGAGAAUCUAACAAGCAAAGUGCAAGCUCUAGAAGACAGUAGAAAACAAGCGGAAGAGAAGAACUCUGCGAAUGUUGAAAGUCUUAUUGCUGAAAAAUCGAGACUCGAAAAAGAAGUAGAGGAGAGGGAAUCUACAAUUCAUUCAAUUCAGGAAGCGAUAGAAUCAAAAGAUAAUGAAAUUGAAUCUCUGAAGUCAACAUCACGUAUUGUUGAAGACGAACUCCUUUCAAAGAUUUCAUUGAUUGAAUCUUUCAAUUCGAGAAUUGAAGAAUUCGAGAAAGAAAUGGCAAGUGGAAAGAGAAAGAUCGAACAGUUGGAAGCUGAAAAGGCGGAAGAAAUGGAAAAGUUAGUGAUCGUCAGUGGAACACAGAGCCAGAAGCAAGAGGAAGUAGAACAACUGCAGAAAGAAAUGGCUGAGAAGAGUAAAACGAUAGAAAGGAUGACAUCAAGCAAAAUUCAGUUUGAAGCUAUGUUCACUGAUGUACAACAAACUCUCCAGAAGGAAGUGAAUGAGAAAAAUCAAGAAAUUGAGAAACUCAUGGAACGAAUAGAUAGUCUUGAGAGUUCAACUCAGCAGAAAGUUGAAGACUUGGAGAGCAGAUUGACUCAAAGAGAACGUCUUGUCGAAUCCCUUGAAGCCGAAAUGGCCGCUGUGAGAAAUGCAGAAAAAGAAAAACUUGACGAGCAGAAGAAACUAAAGGAAGAAUAUGAUGAACUGAAAAAAGCAGAAGCAAUGUGGCAAGCCGAAAAGGAUAUGCUUAUCGAACGGUGUCUCGGAAAUGAAAGUGAUAUCGAGUACGAGAAAGAGAGAGCACAAGAGAACAAAAGACGGUUCGAUGAAGCUUUGUCUGCGAUGCAUGAAUUGGGAAGAGCUAAUCAGUCACUUCAGAUCGACGCUGACCGCUACACUUCACGAAAAUGGCUCGAUGAUGCUGAAGCGAUCAAUUGCACCGAGUGUGGAAAAGUGUUCUCACUGACUGUUCGCAAGCAUCAUUGCAGAGUUUGCGGAAAGAUAUACUGUAAUCCAUGUAGUUCAAAGUCUGUUCGAAUCGCCAGUGCAAAACAUCCGGUCCGUGCUUGCAAUCAUUGUUUCGCAGAAUCUCAAAAAUAA